AUGAAAGAAGAUGCUGAUAGUGCCCCUAAAGAAAUGAUUCUUCAAAAGGUCUGUAAAGAAACAGGAAUUUCUCCAAAAACACAAGGUAAAGGGGCAAAAAAGGGGAAGAAACAAGGUGUCUCAGAAGUUCAACAAGCAAGACAGAUUCAGAAGUACAGAAGGAAACUUGGUAUGCCUUAUGCCAAUUUCAAUUGUAAUGGUAAAAUCUGGUUCUUUGUUCAAGAAAAAGUGGAUGUAGAAGUACUUCUGGAUACUAAACAAUCUAUUACUGUUAAAUUAUUCUUCCAAGAUCUGAAUAAAGCAAUGGUGGUUUCAAUGGUUUAUAUUAAAUGUAAUGAAGGGGAUAGAUUGCAGUUGUGGGGUGAUAUAUAUGGUGUGGCUAGUAACAUGGCAUUAUCUUGGCUGAUUGGUGGUGAUUUUAAUGUCAUUUUAAAUGAAGAGGAAAAAAUAGGAGGGAGUCCUUUCACAUGGUGGAAUGGUAGGGCUGCUAAUGAUUGUAUUUUUAAGAGGCUGGAUAGAAUGUUGCAUAAUGAGCUAUUUCAAGACUGGUUUGGCAAUUUAGAGGUGGAACAUUUGUCUAGAACAGGAUCUGAUCAUGCUCCAUUACUUUUAACUUGUGGGGAUCAGGUGCAGAACUAUUUUAAGCCAUUCAGAUUUCUUAAAUUCUGGGUGGAACAUGAAUCCUUUCUAGACCUUGUUAGACAGCAGUGGGAAGAAGAAUUAUCUGAAGAUGUGUUCCUGUCAUUUAAACUCAAGCUGAAGAAGGUGAAAAUUGCUUUAAGUAAGUGGAGCAAGGAGACUUUUGGAGAUAUCUUCAAGCAACUGGUUAUCAGAGAGGAUAUAGUCAAAAUUAAAGAACAACUGUUUGAGGAGGAUCCUUCAGAAGAGAAUAGAAUGGUGAUGCAAAGGGCUCAAGCUGAACUUAAACUAUACUUGCAUUAUGAAGAAGAAUUUUGGAGACAAAAAGCUGGAAUGGACUGUUUCUCAGAAGGUGAUAAAAAUACAAGGCAAUUUUCUCAAGAAGAUCAGAUUGAAGACUCUCCUAUUCUUAAUCAUGUUCCUGAAAUGAUUAAGGAGGAGGAUAAUGUAUUGCUUGCAGACCAACCUACUAUGGAAGAAGUGAAGAAAGCUAUUUUUGAAUUAUCAGGUGACAGCGCUUGUGGACCAGAUGGUUUUUCUGGGAUAUUUUAUCAAAACUGUUGGGAAGUGAUCAAAGUUGAUGUGGUUAAUGUAGUUAAAGCCUUCUUUGAGGGUCAGACCCUUCCUAAGUCAAUUACUCACACCAACUUAGUACUGUUGCCAAAGAAGAAUGUGGUGGAAACAUUUUCUGAUAUGAGGCCUAUAAGCCUCAGCAACUUCAUUAAUAAGGUCAUCUCUAGAGUGGUGCAUGACAGGCUUGAUAGACUGUUACCAGCUGUGAUAUCUUCUAACCAAUCAGGAUUUGUCAAGGGCAGGAAUAUUAUUGAGAAUGUAUUGUUGACACAAGAAAUUAUUACAGACAUAACAAAGAGAGGGAAGCAUGCCAAUGUUGUUAUUAAGUUGGAUAUGACAAAAGCAUAUGACAUAGUUUCAUGGCUAUAUCUCUGUAAGGUAAUGAAGAAAAUGGGAUUUUCUGAGGUAUUCAUUGAUUUAAUAUGGAGACUAUUGCAAAUAACUGAAGUACUUUCAAGAGCAUUGAACUCUUUAUUUGAUCAGUCAGCUUUUACAGGCUAUGGGAUGCCAAAGUGGAGUUCUGCAUUGAACCACCUUGCUUAUGCAGAUGAUACCAUCAUAUUCUCAUCUGCAGAGAGUAAUUCCUUGCAGCUGAUCAUGGAUACUCUUCAAGAUUGUCCAAUUACUCAUGCAAGGAAGAGAAAAGUUGAUUAUACUUAUCUGUUGAAGAAAGUCAAGGACAAGUUGCAAACUUGGAAAGGGAAAAUGCUGUCUUAUGGUGGAAAAGCAGUAUUAAUCACUAGUGUUCUCCAAAGCAUUCCAAUCCAUAUACUAUCUGCUAUCAGGCCACCAAAAUUUGUUAUAAAAGAGCUGCAUAAGAUCUUUGCAAAGUUCUUUUGGAAUAACAAGGAAGAAGGGAGAAGCAGACACUGGUCAUCAUGGCUUAAUAUGUGCUUACCUAAACAGGAAGGAGGGUUGGGGUUCAGGUCCAUCUUUGACAUGUCAAAAGCUUUAUGCGCUAAACUUUGGUGGAAGUUUAGAACUUCUAGCUCUCUCUGGGCUAACUACAUGUGGAAUAAGUAUUGCAAGAAGCAGAUCCCUCAGUUAGUACAAUGGAAAGGAGGGUCUCAAGUUUGGAAGAUGAUGGUGGAGGCAAGAGACAGUACUGAGCAAGAAAUACGGUGGGAACCUAAGAUUGGGAAUUCUAAUGUGUGGUUUGAUAACUGGACUAAACUAGGUGCUCUUAACUUUGUGGUUCCUCAUAGCUGGCCAGUCAAUGAUCAGGUUGAAGAUGUGGCUGAAUUAAUGUCAAAUGGCACCUGGAAUGUCCAAAAACUCCUGCAGUUAUUCCCUGAAGAUAUUGUGCAGCAUAUAAUGCAGGAAAUUGACAUUAAGCAUGCAUCUAAUGAAUGGGAUACACCAUGGUGGAUGAUGACUAGCUCAGGAAAGUUUACUGUAGCCAGUGCAUGGAAGUUGCUGAGACAAAGAAACAAUCUUGAAUCCAUUAAUCAUUUAUUUCUCUAUGGAGAUUUUGCUGCCAAAGUUUGGAGUGUCUUUAAUGCAGCAGCUGGAUUGGCUAUGAAUUGUGUUCAAGUUAAACAUGCUAUCAGAAUCUGGUGGGAGCAAAUAUGGAAAUGUAGAAAUAAUCAAUUACAUGACGGCACCAUGACUUUUAAUAGGGUGGUAUGUGAUAUCAAUCUGAACAUACACUUGUUAUGCAAGGUGUUGUUCCCUGGGCUGAAUGUUCCAAAAAGGUGGCAUCACAUUGUGCAGUUUUUUGAAGAGUAUAAACCUACAGUUGUUUAUAAAGUGAUAAGGUGGAUGAGACCUGCAGCUGGAUGGUUUAAGUGUAAUACUGAUGGAGCUGCUAAAGGUAAUCCAGGGCCAAGUUCUGCUGCUUGUUGCAUCAGGAAUGAGGAGGGAGAUUUGGUGUAUGCUGCUGCUAAGAAGUUACAGGAUGGGUCAAAUUUGGUAGCAGAAGCUGAGGCUAUUAGAAUGGGGUUGAGAUAUUGCUUAGAUAAGCAACUAUUCCCACUGAUUAUAGAGACUGACUCAAUGGCAAUGAAGAUGAUCCUUGCUGCAGAAUGGAAAAUCCUAUGGGGUAUUUUAAUGGUGGUGGAGGACAUUCAAAGAAUGAGAAGAGAUCCGAUGGUGACUGUGGUGCACAUACACAGAGAAGGGAAUGGACUUGCUGAUUUUUUUAAUUAA